CAAACACAACUACAAACAAAACCCGUUGCUUACUUAUAUCUACUGCUACUACUUCAAUAUACAAGCUAAUUACACUCAAAGUACUGAGAAACAAAGAGUUUUAAGACAUAUAUGGGCGAUGCUUGCAUGGUGAACUUGUCAUAUGAGGAGGUGAUGUUGGCUUCGAAGAAUCCUAAGAAACGAGAUGGGAGAAAGAAGUUCAAGGAAACAAGACACCCAGUGUACCGUGGAGUGAGGAGGAAGAACUCAAGAAAAUGGGUAUGUGAAGUGCGCGAACCAAAUAAGAAGUCGAGGAUUUGGCUUGGGACUUUUCCUACCGUAGAAAUGGCGGCGCGUGCACAUGAUGUGGCGGCAAUUGCGCUCCGCGGCCGUAACGCGUGUCUCAAUUUUGCCGACUCGGUAUGGAGGCUUCCAGUUCCGGCGUCGGCAGCAGCAAAGGAUAUUCAGCGUGCAGCAUUGGAGGCGGCUGAGGCAUUUCGGCCAGCAGAGUUGGACGAUGUUUCUGGGGAUGACUUGACGCAGAGGUUAGAAAAUGCAGCUGCAGCAGUGACAGUGGCUGCGGAGGCAGAGAUAGAGCCGGAAAGUGUGUUUUUUAUGGAUGAGGAGGCGGUUUUCGACAUGCCCGGGUUGUUGAGAAAUAUGGCAGUGGGGAUGUUGUUGCCUCCACCGCCUCAUUGGUAUGGUGGAGAUGACAUGGAAACUGACAGUGAGGUUUCAUUGUGGAGUUAUUCAAUUUGAUUGUUAUUAGUAAAAUUAUAGCUUAGUGCUGCAGUGUGAUGGGAGGGAAAAGUUGGAGUGGCGAUGUCAUACUGUACAAAAGAAUUUGUUGUAGCGUGAAAAAUAAAGGAAAUCUCCUAUUUGAGAUAAAGUGUGAACACAUUACCAUAAAAAAAAAUUUCUGAAGAAGAAGGAGAAGUGGAGUGGUAGUGGACGAAGCUCAGGUGCUGCCAUCUGGAACUAUUAUCUUGGUUCUUCAAACUUCUGGAACUUUCAAACAGCUAAAGUUCGAUGACUGAGACUUGGAAAUUAUUUAAAAAAAAAAAAAAGCACUGCAUUGGAAUGUGAUAUUAGAAAAGGCAAUGCCAACACGUGGAUGUGGGUAAGUGGUGGGACUUGAGAAUGGAGCUUCCUGAAGCUUCCUUUUAUUUAUAAAUUGCCAACAUAUUUGUUUAUUUGUUAAAAAAACCCCUAAAUUUGAAUAUCUUUUU